GCUUCGCUCUUUAGGUUUCGCCAGUCAACGUUCGUGUUACGAACUCUCCCAUUGGCUGCUUUGGAACUUAUUUUCCUCCGCUCUUAUCCGGACGACGGCUAUCAAGAUGUAUACGCACGGCGACGACUGCUUGCAUUUUCUCCAGAAGCUUCGUUAAAGGCGGUCAACGUGUUUCUAUGGAAGAAUGCCUUUUCGCUAGUGCGAUAGUGAUAACCCACAUGCUCGUCUGCUGCCGCACUGCUCAUCCAGCGAUCAACGGAGACGACGAGGAUUCCUGGGCGGGUGUUUUCAGGGUGCAGAAGAAGAAGGAACAAGCAAAGCAAAUGCCAACUUCUUUUCCCUGCCGUACGCUUUCUCGUUCGCGGUCUCGGAUUUGCUUUUCGGUGGAGUUUCAAAUCAGUCGCUCAAAGUCUCGGCCUUGUCUUAUCAUCCUAGAACGUGAAAUCAUUUCCAUACCAGCAAGACAGUUGCAAAUGCUCGAUUCCAAUAGGAUGAUGAUAUCUUCCCCUGAUGCGGGAUCCCAUCCUCAAGCUCUGCUGACAAGAGUUUCUCCUCUAUUGCGUGGCGCCGCCUGGUGUGGGUCGUUGCGGCAGCUGGCAGUCAAGAUCCACUAUUUCCGAGCAUUCGUGGUUCUUCGUGAAUGGCUUUGGAUGCGGUCACGUGGAGUCUCUUAAUAAGACAUGGUCGCGCUCGCCGCGGAUCGUGGUUGCAACCGUCCAAUGGUUCACACCACCAUGGGCCAUGUCGUUGGUUCUCAUGGACGGUCCGUGAAUGGACAUACGAUUGGCUCC